UUCAUUGACGCCAUCCCUUAUAUAAUAUAGUCUACAUGUAGUAUAUUUCAUAGCAAAGCUGAUUCAUUGCAAAAUAGUAACACCUUGGCUAAGAUUAAGAUAUGGAUGUGGCCAAUGUCAAUGGGGAGCACGUUAAUGAGCUACUUCAAGCUCAAGCUCACGUAUGGAAUCACAUCUUCAACUUUAUAAACUCCAUGUCUCUAAAAUGUGCAAUUGAUUUAGGUAUUCCAGAUAUCAUCCAAAACCAUGGGAAGCCCAUGACAGUUACAGACCUGGUGGCUGCACUGCCGAUCAAUGCCACCAAAGCGUGCAGCAUCUACCGGCUUAUGCGCAUUUUAGUUCACUCUGGCUUCUUUGCACAACAAAAGCUAGGCGAAGAUCCCCAAGAAGAAGGGUAUGUUCUUACUAAUGCUUCUCGACUCCUGCUCAAGGGUGAUCCCUUGAGUGUAAGACCUUUUUUGAAAGCUCUACUGGAUCCUAUUUUAAUAAAGCCUUGGCAUUUUCUUGGCACCUGGUUCCAAAAUGAUGAUCCUACCCCAUUUGUUACCGCACAUGGGAGGUCGUUUUGGGACUAUGGUGCACAUGUCGACCCAAACUUUGGCCAUUCUUUUAAUGAAGCCAUGGCUAGUGAUGCUCGAUUGGUUACUAACGUUCUGACUCACAAGUGUAAGGAGGCGUUUAAGGGAUUGAAUUCUCUGGUGGAUAUGGGGGGCGGCACCGGAAUCGUGGCCAAGGGCAUUGCUGAUGCAUUUCCACAGUUGGAAUGCACUGUGUUUGAUCUUCCACAUGUUGUUGCUGGGCUGCAAGGCAGUGGGAACUUGAAAUAUGUUGGAGGAGACAUGUUUGAUGCAGUUCCAGCUGCAGACGCAGUUUUACUAAAGUGGAUAUUGCACGACUGGAAUGACGAAGAAUGUGUGACGAUUUUGAAACGAUGUAAAGAGGCAAUUUCAAACCGCGACAAGGUGGGAGGGAAGGUGAUUAUAAUAGAAAUGAUAUUGAUGGAUCAGAAGCAGAAAGUGAAUGAUCAGGAAUCGAUUGAAACACAAUUCUUCUUCGACAUGGAGAUGAUGGUCGCGACCACUGGAAGAGAGAGGAACCAUGAAGAAUGGGCUAAGCUGUUUUUUGCUGCUGGUUUUACUGACUAUAAAAUUACUCAUAAACUUGGUUUAAGAUCUCUCAUUGAGGUUUACCCCUAAGAGAUCCUUGCUUUAUUAAUGAAAUAAUUGUAAUAAUUUUAAUGAACCUUCAUCUUAUUGUAACUAUUGUUGCUUUGUACUUGUCUCUCCUAAUCUAUUGUGUUAAUAUUAUAUAUGAAAUAAAACAGCACUUCACUUUAAUCAAGUUAAAUUAUC